GCCGGCCCGCGGGUUUCUCUGCGGCGCAGCGGUGCAAGGUCAAUCAGUAAAUUUGUGAAAACUGCAAUGGAGCCUCCAUCGAAGAAGAUGCGAACCCUUUGGGACGACGACAAUUCUAGUGAUUCAGGUGAUGAUGCUGGUGGUGUCUCUCUCACCAAGGCCCCCGAGGCAGGCUUCAAGAUCAACGAAGACUUUGCCCGCCGCUUUGAGCACAAUAAGAAGAGAGAAGAGGUGCAAAAGUUGGAAUCCAAAUAUGGCAAAUCUUCUAGCCUAGGAAAGCACCGAGCUGAUGAACCAUCGGACGAGGAGUCCUCUGAUGAUGAGGAAGAGGAUGACGAUGGCGAGCUAGCUACCGAAGUAGUCGACGCCGAGAUCAUGGCUACGCUGAAGGCUAUUCGUGAGAAGGAUCCCCGCGUGUACGAUGCGAACGCCACUUUCUACACCAAGCUGGAUGAAGACGACGAGGCCCCCAAGGAAAAGAAGGAGAAACCCAUGACGCUGCACGACUAUCAUCGCGAGAACCUCUUGAAGGGAGUCGAUGUCGCCGAAGAGGAAGAGAAGGCAACAAUCAAGACCUUUGCUCAGGAGCAGGCCGAGUUGAAGGAUGCGCUGGUCAAGCAAUUACAUGCGGCCGACUCGGACGAUGAAAUGGAGGAUGCGGAGGACAACUUCCUGGUCCGCAAGGCCGGUGGAGCCGAUGUUGUUCCCGAGAAGGAGAUCGAGCUGGAUAUUGAGAAUGCAGACAAGGAUCCCGAAACCUUCUUGUCCAACUUCCUGUCCGCCCGAGCUUGGAUCCCGGCAGGUAGUCAACGAGAACUCCAUCCCUUCGACUCAGACGAUGAUGAGGAACUGGAUCAGGCCGACGCUUUCGAGGAGGCCUACAACUUCCGCUUCGAGGAUCCCAGCAAGCUCAAUGAGAAAAUUAUGACCCACGCUCGUGACACUACCAACAGCCUUUCAGUCCGUCGUGAGGAUAAGAGCGCACGCAAGAAGCUCCGUGAUGCCGAGCGUCAACGGAAGGAGGAAGAGAAGAAGGAGCGUGAUACUGAGAAGAACCGUCUGCGCAAGCUCAAGACCGAGGAGCUCCAGAAGAAGGUCUCCCAAAUCAAGGAGGUCGCUGGUCUACGAGCCGCUGAGUUCACGGAUGAGGACUGGGCCCGAUUCCUUGAUGACGCUUGGGAUGACAAGGAGUGGGAGAAGGAGAUGCAGAAGCGCUUCGGAGAGGGUUACUAUGAGGAACCCGAGACGGAGGGCAAGAAGCACCCCAAAAAGCCCACAUGGGACGACGACAUUGAUAUUAAGGAUCUGAUCCCUGACUACGCUGACGAAGAGGAAAUCAAGCCCUCUCUCGAGUCCGGCGAUGAGGGAGAAGACGUUGACGAGGAAGAGGAGGAGGGUGCAUCUGGGUCGAAGAAGAGCAAGGCCGAGCUGAGGCGCGAACAAAAGCGUGAUGCUCGCAAGGAGCGUCUCCGGAUCGAAGAGGCAGUUGACCGCAACCUGGAUCUCGAUAUCACCCUUCUCCCCGGUGCUACCAAGAAGAACGCUACCCGUUUCCGCUACCGCGAGACUUCACCUCAGAGCUUCGGUCUGACCGCCCGCGAUAUUCUGAUGGCUGACGACACCCAGCUCAACCAAUUCGCCGGUCUGAAGAAGCUUGCCUCCUUCCGCGAUGCCGAGAAGAAGGCCAAGGAUGAGCGGAAGCUGGGCAAGAAGGCUCGUCUGCGCCAGUGGCGGAAAGACACUUUCGGCAAUGAGGAAGGCCCUGUAUUUGAGUUUGGCAGCGGCAAGCGUAAAGUUGAUGCCGAUAAUGAGCAAGAUGGGGACGAAACUAAGCUCGAUAUUCGCGAGGGCGAUGGCAGUGGGAGGAAGAAGCGGAAGCGAUCCAAGAAGCACUGAGCGCAGGCGCAGAAAAAAAAAGCAUUCCUUUGUCCAUAGCUUGAACCCACUAUCUGGAGCAUGGAGUUUAUUUCUUUUACUGAAAUUAAUGACUAUCCAUUAUGAGCUUGAC